AUGUCGACCAUUACCAUUUACCGGGGCUGGCUCGAACCAGGCCGCUAUGUCUGGUCCCCCUUUGUAACCAAGGUCGAAGCCCGCCUGCGCUUCGCCAACAUUACCUACAAAACAGCCGUAGGAACCCCCAAAACCGCGCCAAAGGGCAAAAUCCCCUACAUCGAAAUCACCGAUGGAAACGAGGCCGAAGCCAGCACAAGCAUCGGCGACUCAACCCUCAUCAUCAAACACCUCGUCGAGCGCAACAUCCUCCCAGACCUAAACGGGGAUUUGGCGCCUGAGCUGAAAGCAAAUGACCUGGCGAUUCGUGCACUCUUGGAAGAUAAGGCUUAUUUUUAUAAUACCCGCGAAAGAUGGACAGAAAACUACUACACAAUGCGCGACCACGUCCUAGGCGCAGUCCCAUAUCCCAUCCGGGUCGUCAUCGGCAUGCUCAUCCACCGCACCAUGGUCCAAACUCUACACGGCCAAGGCACAGGGCGUUAUUCCGCGGAUGAGGUCCAGGAGUUCCGCGUUGAGGCGUGGAAUGCUGUGAAUGACCUGCUUGUUGCGUCUAAGGUGAAGAAGACUCAACACCAAGAACAGCAGGGUGAUGCGGACCAACCGUUCUGGGUGCUUGGUGGUGAGGAGCCGACGGAGGCUGAUACGACGGUGUUUGGGUUUGUGAUUUCGGCUUUGAUAUGUACUGCUGGCCCGAAGGCGAGGGAGUUGGUGAUGGGGUUCCCUGUUAUGAGGGAGUAUGCAAGGAGGAUCCAUGAUGCGUACUUUCCGGAUUAUGAGCGGUGGGAUGAGUAG